CCAAUCACAUCCCCGCCGCCAACUAGACGGCGGCGUUUUCAACCCGACGGGCUGCGGCCAGUCCCGCCCCCGGGUUCCACUGUGUCGCCGGCGGAGCUUGAUGGGCGUCCGAGCCGCGGCGGUUGCGCUGCCAGCCGGGCCGGUGGGACAGCGGAGCCCCGCUGCGGGUGGGCACCAUGAGCGGACGGCAGAGAACGCUCUUCCAGACUUGGGGCCCAAGCCUCGUGCGCGGCGCCGGCGCUGCGGGCUGCGGCCAGGCGCGCUCGCCCGCCGCCGUGGUGGAGGCGCUGCAGGAGGAGGAGGACGAUGACGACGUGAUGCUGGUGGCGGCGUACGAGGCCGAGCAGCAGCUGGAUCCCGAGGACGGCGGCUUCUGCGCGGCUGCGGGCGGCCUGUGGAUUUACCCCACCAAUUGCCCGGUGCGCGACUACCAGCUGCACAUCUCCCGGACCGCGCUCUUCUGCAACACCCUGGUGUGCCUGCCCACCGGGCUGGGGAAGACCUUCAUUGCUGCGGUGGUCAUGUAUAAUUUCUACCGCUGGUUCCCUUCCGGCAAGGUAGUUUUCAUGGCACCCACGAAACCCCUGGUGACACAGCAGAUGGAGGCCUGUUUCCACGUGAUGGGUAUCCCGCAGUCUCAUAUGGCUGAAAUGACAGGUUCAACUCAAGCUGUCAGCAGGAAGGAGGUGUGGUGCAGCAAGAGGGUCCUUUUCCUUACACCUCAGGUCAUGGUGAAUGACCUGUCUAGAGGAGCUUGUCCUGCUGCCCGUGUAAAGUGUCUCGUGGUUGAUGAGGCUCAUAAGGCUCUUGGGAACUACGCUUACUGCCAGGUUGUAAGGGAACUGGUCAAAUACACAACUCACUUCCGAAUCUUGGCUCUUAGUGCCACACCAGGCAGUGAUAUCAAGGCCGUGCAACAGGUGAUUACCAACCUCCUGAUCGGGAAGGUGGAGCUUCGUUCCGAAGACUCUCCGGAUAUUUUGCCUUACUCUCAUGAAAGGCGAGUAGAGAAGCUCGUUGUUCCCCUGGGGGAAGAACUUGGAGCCAUCCAAAAGACGUACAUCCGGAUUUUGGAAACAUUUGCCAGUUGUUUGAUUCAGAGAAAUGUUUUGAUGAAAAGAGAUAUUCCCAAUCUAACAAAAUACCAGAUAAUUCUCGCAAGAGAUCAAUUUAGGAAGAACCCAUCCCCAAAUAUUGUGGGAAUUCAAGGCGUAAUUGAGGGAGAGUUUGCCACCUGUAUCAGUUUGUAUCAUGGGUAUGAGUUACUGCAGCAAAUGGGAAUGCGAUCCUUAUAUUUCUUCCUUUCUGGAAUCAUGGAUGGGACCAAAGGAAUGACACGGGCAAAAAAUGAGCUCGGCCGCAACGAGGACUUCAUGCAGCUCUACAGUCGCCUGGAGAGUAUGUUUGCCCACAUGCAAGAUCCUGCAGCCAGCAAUGCUCUGGCCUUCCAGAAAGGAAAUAAAGAGAAAACAUUUUUCUAUAGUCAUCCAAAGUUAAAGAAACUGGAAGAAGUUAUAAUUGAACACUUCAGGUCAUGGAAUGCUAAAAACACCGCUGAAACAAAGGGCCCUGAGACCCGAGUUAUGAUCUUCUCCUCGUUCCGAGACAGUGUGGAGGAAAUUGCGGAAAUGCUUUCCCGGCACCAGCCGCUCAUCAGAGUGAUGACAUUUGUCGGCCACGCUUCGGGGAAAAACACAAAAGGCUUUACCCAGAAGGAGCAACUACAGGUGGUGAGACGGUUCCGUGACGGCGGGUAUAACACGCUGGUUUCCACCUGUGUUGGGGAAGAAGGCUUGGAUAUAGGGGAAGUCGAUCUUAUCAUAUGCUUUGAUGCCCAGAAGAGCCCAAUCCGCCUCAUACAGCGCAUGGGCAGAACUGGCCGCAGGCGGCAAGGAAGGAUCGUUGUUAUCCUCGCGGAGGGCCGGGAAGAGCGCACGUAUAAUCAGAGCCAGUCCAACAAAAGAAGCGUUUACAAAGCCAUUUCAGGUGACAGACAAAUGCUUCAUUUUUACCAAGGAAGUCCACGAAUGGUUCCUGAGAAUGUCAAUCCCGAGCUACACAAGAUGUUCAUCACACAUGGUGCCUUUGAGCCCCAGAAGGCUCGGGACGUGCGGCGGAAGCCCGCCUCCUCGAGGACUGGAGUGAAAGCCAUUAAUAAAGAUGGGUUCUUAUCAGAAGAGGAAUUUAACCUCUGGAAGAGACUCUACAGGCUGGGCGAUGGUGACCAGGUGAAAGGAGUGGUGUUGCCCGAGUGUCACUUCCCAUCUUUACAGGAGGACACCAUGCCUAAAGAACCAACUGCUGGAAUUCGUCAACUCUCACUCUCUGAAUGGAGGCUGUGGCAAGACCAUCCGCUUCCUACACAUCAAGUUGACCAUUCGGAUCGUUGCCACCAUUUCAUAAGCGUCAUGCAAAUGAUAGAAGAAAUGAGACAAGAAGAGGAUGAAUGCAGCUAUGAGCGGAAAAUUAAGCCUUUUCUACGAAUGGAAGAUGUCAGAUCAACAUGUAAUACAUCUAGGAAUGCAAAUAAGAAUCUAGCCAGUGUCACCACGAUUCCUCACAAGACAUCAGUUAGACCAAGUGGAGGUGAAGGCUGCUCCUCCUCAGUGACCGUGUCUGAUGACGAGACUCCUCCUAAGUGUACGGAAACUGCUCUCAGGGAAAAAGCUUCUGGAGCAAUGGGGAAAGACCCGACUAGGGAAGAAAGCAACGAGGCUGCGGCUUCUCCCAACACCUGUGGACAUUCUCCUGCAGAAGCUGUUUCCCAGAUAGAUGCACCGAACGGGAAAAGCAUGGCAGGUGCAGGUGGCAUCACCGCUUUGGGUACUGUUAGUGAUGAUGAUAACCACCCUGGAACAUUACUAACGGAGCGUCUGGCUACCGAUAAAUCCUGCUCAUUUGCCAGGUAUUCCUUAGAUUCUGGUUAUAGUAGUUUCAGUGAUGAGAAAUCUAUUUCGUCAAAUUUGUUCCUUCCACUGGAAGAAGAGCUGUACCCAGAUAAAGCAGCUGAUCAGUUUUAUAAUGGUCAUCCGGUGACAGAAGAGGUACGAGCUAACGUGGAGAGAUUUCUCUCCUGUUCUCCGCCUUCUCUCAGUGGACUCUCAGCCAUGGAGUGUGAAGUCACUCAGGAUUUUGAACCUGACCGUACAUCCUGCUCACCCAACUCAGAGCAUGAACACAGUCAUAAACCUGCUUCUCUGACAUCAUACUCGGCUGUGAAUUCUCAACAAAACUUAGAAAAAUAUUCAGUUAAACAUGUUAAUCAUCCUCCUGAAAAUUAUUGUGUCUUUGGCAAAACUGAUAAUAAGAGUUCUGAUCAGCCCUCCUGUGGCUCUGACAAUAAAGCCUAUAAUAAUAUUAAAGAUAAAAACUUAGUAUCUAACAGUUAUGCAAAUCUUGCAAAGAAUUUGUUUGACGAAAAUAGCCGUGAAGAAGAUAGUAACCCCCCAGUAUUCGCCAAUGAGGGUGAGAGCUUACUAUUAUUUGAAGAUAGUAUUGGAGAAUUGGAUGGUGUGGUCCUUUCUCCCUGCAAGAGUAAUAGUCGGCCCCCAAGUGUGUCAGAUGAAACUCUUAUAAGUGAAAUGCCUCCAAUCUCUCGCUUCUUAAUUUCGGAUGAGCUUUUGUUAGAUGAUGAUUCUGAGCCCGAAGACCCUAUCACUUGUGAUACCAAGAGCUGGAAAUCUCAUGAAGGUUUGAAGGACGAACAUGAAGGACCGAAGAGUGAGGGGCAGACUUUCGAUUGCUCUGCAGAUUUAUUUUCCGUUACCUUCAAUUUAGGAUUUUGUAGUUCAGGUUCUGAUGAUGAAAUCCCAGGCCGUGUGUCAGAUAGGAGUAGCACGCCGGAAGCAGCUGCUGAUAAGGAAAUCAGGGAUGCCAGUGACACUGCGGAUCCGCCAGGUGGAGCCAUAUCACCAAUCCCACACUCUCCGGCGAAUCAGGAACCUGCCUCUCCCUGCUUUCCCCCACGCUUGCCAGUGAAGGAGAGAGUUAUGAGUACGCCCCUUUCUAAAGCAAACGCGUGGAGCCUGUGUUCUAAGACAGGAGCAGGCGUGCGGAAGACACCAAGUUCUACCGAGGAGAAAGCCGAUGUACAGAGGUCCAAAGUGACUUUGAAUCCACGAGCUGACGAUUUAGCAGAAGAGCUCAAAAGCAGUGACCGCCUCUUUCGGCUUCGGUUCCCUCAGCGUACUGAAGUUGAACACCUAACUAGUGAAAGUGAAGAUGAUGUUUUCCUGAGAAAAACUAAAAAACCCAAAGCAAAUGUCCUGAAGUCCCCUGAGGAUCAGAAAAACAGUGACAUCGAUUCGCCUGUUCAUGCUGUGAAAAAGUCCAGGGUUCUUAGGCGUUGUGUGUCAGAAUUGUCAUCUAGUGAUGAGAGUGAGCAUUCUCUCAUGCCGUGUUCACAAUUGGAAGACUUCAAAGAUCGUGAGAGGAACGCCAGGAAAGGCUCCAAAGUCCGAAAGAAAAAGAAUCAUGUAAAGAAUAUAGCUCGGAUGUUUCUAGAUGACGAGGCAGAGGUUUCGGAAGAGGAUGCAGGGAAUGUCUCAUCAGAUGAAGAUGAGUUGGAAAAUGAGCAGGAUUCGUCUCUUCUGGACUUUGUGAAUGACCAGACCCAGCUUUCACAGGCUAUAAACGAUUCUGAAAUGAGAGCUAUUUACAUGAGAUCCGUGCGGAGUCCACUGACGAGUACAAAGUACAGAAUGGCCCGUGAGAAGCAUAACAACAUGAACAUUUUCUCUCAGAUUCCCGAGCAAGAUGAAAGCUAUUUAGAGGACAGUUUUUGUGUUGAUGAAGAGGAGUCUUGCAAAAGCCAAUCAUGUGACGAAGAAGUCUGUGUUGAUUUUAACUUAAGUAAAGAUUCCUUUACUGAGGGGAACAUAAGAUAUAAAACCCGGUAUGCAGUAAAGCUGAAACAAAUGAGCAUGAAACAAAACUGUCCACGGCCAAAAAAGAAGCUAUCUCGUAUCAUCUUACCAGACGAUGACUCGGAGGAGGAGGUUAGCACCGUGAGUGACAGAAAAGACCCCAGUGCCCAUGGCGGCACUGCAGACAAGCACACGCAGCAGGGCCAGCGGGGCCAGCAGGGUCAGCAGGGCGGUUCUGGGCCUCCUGGCUUGCCUCCUGGGUCUUCAGCGCAGCCCCAGGUCCUUCCUAAUCCACCAGCUCAUCAGAAUCCCAUGCAGAGACAUCAGGUGGUGCAGAGUCGAACGGCUGCCGUCCCUGAAGUCGCGAACCUCGAGGCUUGGAGCCAUCAUACAAUCCCGUCUACUUUGUCUCCAUGUGCGAGAGCUGAGUCAAGGAGGGAGUGUGGGAAACGUCAAGCAGAGUUGAAGGUUGAUGACCCGGAGAAAGGACAGACCUCAGCUGCACUCCGUUCUAAUUCACCCCUACAUGUGGCUGAGGUACAUCCGGCCCCGAGCCUUCCACACGAAGGAAAUAGAGCUUGCAUCCUUGUAGACAGUCGUGAAAUCACUUCUGGUUUAGAAGUAAUUUCUUCGCUAAGAACCGUCCAUGGGUUACAAGUAGAGGUUUGUCCUCUUAAUGGCUGUGAUUACAUUGUCAGUAACCGCAUGGCGGUAGAAAGGAAGUCUCAGGCCGAGAUGUUGAAUAACAGCAGUAAGAACAAGUUCAUCGAGCAGAUGCAGCGCCUGCAGGGCAUGUUCCAAAGAAUAUGUGUGAUUGUGGAAAAAGACAGAGAAAAAGCAGGAGACAUAUCACGAAUGUUUAGAAGAACGAAGUGUUACGACAGUCUGCUAACCGCCUUAGUUGGGGCUGGAAUCCGAAUCCUUUUCAGCUCUGGACAAGAAGAAACUGCAGAUUUACUAAAGGAGCUGUCAUUGGUGGAGCAAAGAAAGAAUGUUGAUAUUCAUGUUCCAGCAGUGCUGAAUCCUAGUAAAUGUGAGGCCCUGCAGUUCUAUCUGAGCAUUCCCGGUAUAAGUUACAUAACUGCCUUAAAUAUGUGUCACCGGAUGUCAUCUGUGAAAAAGAUGGCUAACAGCUCACCUGAAGAAAUCUCCGCGUGCGCUCAAGUAACUCACCAAAAGGCUGAGGAGAUCUACAGAUAUAUUCGCUGUACAUUUGACAUGCAAAUGUUACCAAAUGAUCUCACCCAGGAUAGACUGAAACCUGACGCAUGCUCAGCACUCCAAGUGUGAUUAUGAAUGAACUCUCCAGUACUAAACAUUCUUCAAUAAUCAUUGUAGUUCGUGAUUACCAGUUUAAAAUAUGUAAAUAUUUCAUCUUUAUAUAUUGUAUACUAUUAUUUAUAGACUAUAAUUUAUUUUUAAAAGGAAACCUUUGAUGUUUCAUAAUCAUUUUGAUGAAACUGUGAAACAACUUUUUAUUGAAUAAAUCAAGGCUGAUGAAAAGUUGUUCAGCCUGGUUUAAGCAUCUAAGGCAAGCCAAGGGGCUGGGAGAUGACCAGCUCCCUAAGUGCUUGCUGCACAGACCUGAGGACCUGAGUUCAUCCCAGUACCCACGUAUACAGGCCAGAUAUAGUGGUGCGCACCUGGAGUCACAGUGCCGGGUAUCCUAGAGACAGGAGGAGAUGGGGAGCUUGCUAACCAGUAUGGCAGAACUGGUGAACUCCAGGUUCAG